GAAAAAAAAACAUACAUGGAAAAUUGUUAUUUCGUAUUGUUAAUAAUCAAUAGAUGAAUUGCGGUUGUUUCCGUAGUCUACUCUAUAUUUUUCUAUAAUAUGUAACUUGUGCAAUGUACCAUGCAAUAAAUUGUAACGUAUAACAAAGCCCUUAAGUCUCAACUUAUCAAUUUGUAUAUUUAAAAAAUUCACGUGAAGCCAACGUUGUGCUUCUAUUCUCGCGUUUCGUCACGAGAGCAAAGUCGGAAAAAAUCACGAUACGCAUUACACGGUAAUGGCCAGUCAAUCGCAACGAGGCAGCAUCGUUGGCGGGCCGGUGGCGCACGUGGGGUAUAUUGAAUGUGCAUUAGAUAAAGUUAUCCCAAGAUGUGGAGGGGCGCGAAGGCGCGGUUUCGAAGCAGGUUCCGAUUUCUACGGCUACAGUUUAUUUGUAGACGGUACUAUCGGUCGGCACGAAUCGAGCAGUACGUAUCUCGUAACUUCGUUGUGCCCGGAAUUACCGAGCCAAUAAACGAUUCCACCAGAACCGCGCCGGAAUCGCCUCCGAGGAUCUUACGUAGUCCGCGACCGGCACCGCAACAAUUAUGGAUAUAUCGAGCAUGCGUUACCGGCGGCAGCCAUACGUCACGGUAAUGAGCCAACAUAUCUCAGUGGUACUGACAGUGGAACCGACUUCCACAUGCUACUCCACCUAAGGGCGGAUAUGCGGUCGAGGCCUGCUGCCAUGGGUGGCGUAAUGAUUUACGCGUCCCUGUCCCGCGGGCACCGUCAAAACCAAUAUCGAGAGAAUUAUUUUAAAAAGAUUAUGCGCUUUUCUGUGGAGGAAGCUGCAUAGCAUCGCGGCGUUGCAUUUGUUCGACGUCGAUCACACAUAUGAAUCUGUAAUGCACCUCCACUAUUGAAACGUCAUUCAAACUUGCCAUGCUUACGGUAUCUAAGUGAAACUACAAAUAAACUAUAUUUUUAGAUAAGAUGUUUGUUCAUUUUUCAUUUCGUUGUAACACUUGCGAUAGAUCGUAAUAUGAAUUUGAUUAUUGUAAAUAUUUUUAUAAAAAAAUAUAUAUAUCUUAUGCACAUUAUAAAGAAAUAUGUUAAGAUAUUCUUCUCACUUCUUUGUGCUAAAAAAAGAUUCUAUAUGAAGCGACACAGACAUGAAAGAUUUAUGGCGUCAUGCGAGAGAAAAACCAACUAAUCCGUAUUCGACGAGCAACCAGAAGAAACAUUCCGUGAUGGUCUCGAUAAAUGCAACUGUAAUUCGCGGGAUUCUUCUCGUGAUACAACCUUGUGCUGCACGGUCGAUCGUGCGGCUCUUCACGGGCACGCUUCUCUUCCUUCGGGGCCAUGUCCGUUCCGGAGUGCGCGACCCCUUGACCCAGCGAGGACGCGCCGGGCCGUGGAACACCCGUGUGGAUAAUAUAUUCCGGGUGUAUUCCGAGGGAGGAAGGGGGCAAUUUUCGCGGGGCGGUGUUGCGUUGAUUGCGGUCGUUCAUCGCGAGUUCGCCUCCGUACCAUCUUCUUCACUCACUCCCGUCCACACCGCCACUUCUUCCACCCGCCUCCUAUCCUCCCGUUCCCCUCCAAGCCAUCGCUCUCGCCCGUUCUCAUCCGUCCGCGGCCAUUCUCCACCAGAAUCUCUUCGUUCCGCGCCGCGAGAAGCGCGCGGCAGUGCGCGCUGCUACACUCUCGGCUCUAAUUUGCGCACAGCGGGAGCGACGCAAACUAAUGCACGUUGCGCACGCCGGGAGGGAGUCCGUAGGAUCUUUGUCUUCGCGCACUCCCGCGCUAACGCGCAUCCAUCAUCGUGCGGCGGGAUCUUCCGACGAGAGGAGAAUUGUCCGCUGAGUUGUUUCAUCAAAAUGAGGGCCGCCUUCUUCUCGCAAGACUCUCUCGAUAUAGUUCUAAUACUCAUUGGAACGUCGUUACUUCUCAUAAUUAUUCUACUCGGAUUAAACGAUAUUCUGCAUAAAACUGGAAGUUUCGUAUUUGACGUCGCUUUGAAAAUUAGCAAGAAAGAUGUUUCAAAUAUAGCGUGAGUAUUGAUUCGAACAAAUGAUAUGUCAAGAGAAGGCAAGGUCGACAAUAUAAUACUGAUGAGAGUUAAUAACUGGCAAAGUAUUAUUAUUGGAACAAUAAUUGCAAUGCGUAGCGGUAAUGGUAAUUAUUCAGGAAGUCGUAUAAAUUGUGUUUUAAUAAAUCACAGUUUGCAUGAAACAACAUUUCUUCAUGUUACUUUAGCAAGGAAACAGAAUUAAAAAUUUUCACGGUUUACCUUCCACAUGGAAAAAUUUGUUGUUAAAAAUAACAGUAGUGUUCGAUCGAUAAUGCAUCGUCAACCUUGAACAGAGACAUUCACAGAGGGAAUCGUAAGUGAAGCUUCUCUGGACAAAUCUCCGGUUUCAGGGCCAGAAAACGAUGGCCCCGAGGCACUCCACUACAUCGGGAAUCCACGCUCUUCGACUUUUGAAUCUCAAGUUUUCAAGGUUUGGGUAGACAACCACCUGACUCGAAGCUCGAGGGGGUAAUCAAACGCACGCGAACCGUGCAGUUUAACUUCGUUUUCGAUUUUCUUCCAAGUUUCCUUGUCCAUAGUUGACAGAGAUCAAAGGUUUUGUAAGGAUCAAUAACGCGAUUGUUGCUAUUAUCUUGUAUCUUCUUUCUUCGAGUUAACUAUUUUGCUAUUUUUCUAUUACAAAAAAAUAUUUUAAAUAACUAGUAUGCUUUAACUGAAUUAUUUAUAUAUUAUACAUCAUAUAAUGGCAUUGUGGAGGUUGUAAUGUAAUGUAAUGUAAUAUGACGAGAAUAUAAAGGAUGAUUCGAAAUUCCGUGCUCGAUUUAAUGACCGUCUCCGUCAUUGAGACGCUACGAAUAAACCGCGAACAAGUUCGAACUCACGUCGUUUCGUAGAAGCUCAGAUCUACGAUCUAUAAUGAUAUGCAUAUGAAUCAACCAUAUGUUCGCAGCCUCAUUUGUGUCAGUCCUCGCAUAUGUUGGCGCACGCAUCGUUUUCUUUAGGCGUAAGAGUCACGCAUGCAGCCAGUCAGCGCGGUCGGACUUCCAGCUCGCCGAUCUCGCAGAUUUAAAACCAAGCCCUCAAGGUAAAACCCUUCAAAAAUGCCCCGCUUUCUUUCUCGAAGAAAUGUGCUGGUCGACCGUUCAUUAUACCUUCUGCUAUUUGACAGUUCGCCAAUAAAUCCUGUUUCGUUCCUCAAGAUAAUAGAGUUCUGGAUGUAUGCACGAGACACGUGUGCAUACUCUUAUUACAUCUGCAUAAAUAUUAACAUUGUAACGAUUAAAGACACCAGAAAGAAAGAUGCUAAUGGAAGAUAUGGUUGUUAAGAAUACUGUUAGCCAUGCGAUUGAGCACAAUGAUAAGCAAAAGUGGCGUGAAAUUUUCCUCGGAACCAUACAUCGCGAAAUGAUCUCCCCUUAACGAGGGGGUCGACACGUAUCGAAUACCUUUAACUUUCAAUUUUGUAUCGCGUAUGCUCAUCGACUUCAUUUACUCAAAUAACCGGCGGCACGAUCAGCGAUCUUUUCGAUAAUCUGCAACUUGCGUUGCUGUGAAGCGCGGAACGAUCAACGGUACCACCUGCGCGGUGGAAUUAACUUCAGUGGCAAAUUUUGCAACACUUUGGCCGAGCUUCGACGUGUGCCGUCUCUCCCUUUCAACUCGAUUUUCUCAUUAAACGUAAUCGGAUAUAUUCACGCGCGCAAGCUCGCGCACGGGACACCGGUUCGUUACGACGACUAUUUCCUUUCAUGCCCCGAAGCAAACACGCGAUAAAGUAUAAAAAAAAAACAACGAAAUAUCGCGCAAUUUGUGCGGAAACUGAGUGGGAUAAUUACGCAGUGCUGAUAAUACAAAUGACUUUUUUUUCCUCUACUCUCGUCGAGAACGACAAGACAGCUGCCAUCCUUGCGCAGCAAAAGAAGCGAGCGAGUGCUGCGCUCACGCACGCACACGACGCGACGUCGUGUGCAUUCCAUUUGAUCGAUCGAUUCGCGGAUCGAUGGAUCUUACGUACGCGAGAAACCAUAUUUACAAGCGCGCCUCGGCUUCGGCGCGCGUUGACGAUAGGACUCGCGAUAAUUAAUUACGUCGCCCUGAAAGAAAAUGAAUUGCUACGGGUAGCAAUAACAAUGCUUAAUGCCGCGGUUCGGUUAUCGAUGAUGCUGCAAAAUAAAUACCACUUGUCAAAAAGAUCAUUUAUCGGAGAUUGAUAAUUGGCAGAUCCAUUCGAGCUUGUCCUAGGCUCCUUAAUUAUCACGACCUCGCCGGGAUAUCUCAUUAACAUGUUAUAUUUUCGCUCGUUUAUAAUCUAUUAUUAUCCCGCCGACAAUGCAGAUAUUCUCAAUCUUCCUUCCCCCAUAAGGAGAUUAUAUAUUUUAAGAUUAAUAUAAUACUGAGGAGAUAUUAUUCGCACAAGUCAUAUAAAUAUCGUUUAAGAUGUAAUUUUGAGAUAAAUUUGGGAAUAUAAUUAAAACUAUAGAAAUAAUUAAAUUAUAUAAAAAUACAAGUGUAUAAGUAUAUAUACAUAUGUAAUUAGUCGUACGUAAAUGACCAAGACAAAUGCUUGCUCACGUAGGAUGCGGGAUCGUCCUGGCAAUAAUGCAAAACAACGGCACAAACGAACUGGCUGCCCACGCUAUAAACGUCACUGCUAACCGCGUCAGACGGAGUAAGACGCGCGAGUAAGCCGCUAAUUAAUACGUGAAAGUCACAUAAGCCGUGGGCAGAUAGAAGAGAGAUCCUACGGAUAAACCGUCUGAUUAAGAUACUAGCGGCUAGCGUUCCUAGAAAUCCAGGAAGGUAGAAGGAAAGAGACGAGAAAGACGGUGGCGUUACGCUUUUCUUCACGACGAUAGAGAAUGACGCGUGAGCUUAGAGAGAGAGUAGAUUAGAUCUCGCGUCGAAUCAUUAUCAGGGAUCCCAGGAUGAGCUUCCGCCUCGGCGACACGCGACGUUCUUUCGGUUCGCGCCGCGUCUCUCCAAUUGGCCUUUGACAUUAAUUUGUCGACCGGCUGACCAACGGUGGCCGCGUGCUGCAGCGUCAUGGUGCGAGAAGAGGGACGACGAUCGUUCGUUAACCAGGAAAUGGAGACGUCCACGCGUGUGCCCGCGUCGACCCAGGUAUAUCCGUGCGCGGCGGCGCGCGUUUAUCACAGUCGGAGAAGAAUAACCGACAUUUUUCUCGGUGACAGACUUACGCGGUGGCGACGGCGGCGACGGCGGCGAAGAAGUUUCCUUGUCCAUCGGGGAAUUGCCGUCGAAACGCCCUGUGCGAGCCGCGGUCGGCUCGUAAUCCCCGGUGAUAUACGAGGGGACCUCCUCGCGCAACGGGACCAACUUUUACCAAGAAACUUGGAUUUUGAGGCGAGACGCGACGCGAUGCGAUAUGUGCGGCGAUGCGUUUAAAGCGCGGCUCUCUUUCUCUCGAGGAACGGUACGUGUCAGUGCUCAGUGUUCACUUUUCAUUGUCAGCCAUUUCGGUUGUAAGAGGCAUGCCUAUGUUUAUAUCUGCAGAUAUAAACACCACGCAAAAAUAUCACUUCUCUCUUGAUUUGCAUCUCACACAAUUUCAGCUUUACGCCAAAUAAAUAUCAUUUUCUUAAAUGUCAUACAGCGAAUUAUUUCAAUAGUACAAAGUCUAUAUAAUUGUAUAAAGAAUUAAGCAGGCAUCAUUUAGAUUUAGAAUAACGUAAUUUUAUAUAUAAAAUUUAAAUUUCUUAAAAAAAGAUCUCUAAUGCAUUGUAUUUCUCUAAUUUAUUCUUCUACAAUUCUAUGAUAUUUGUAAUUAUAUCAAAAUUAAUACAUUAUGUUGACGUGUGGAUUCUUCGUGUAAUUUCUCUAAUAAAAGUAUGUUGAUAAAAUCGAGAGAUUACAUUACAGAAAUUAUGUUUUUGUCUUACAAUCCUGAUCUCCACGAUACUUCGAUCAAGCGAUACUCGCGCCGCGUAUAUGUUGUUGAAGAUGGAAAAAAACGCGUGUGCGUGUACACGCGAUAGUAUACGAGCUAACGAGCGCAUCAUGCCAUUCACGCCGAGUAAGAUCAAAAUAAGAUGAAAAAGGAUAAAUUGGUAAAAGGAGAAAAAACAAGAUAAAAAAGUGAUAAAGUUUCUUUUUUUUUCAUGCCUGAGGUAUCCAUUGACAGAAUAUAAUGUAAGAUGUCAAAUAAUGAUAAAAAGUAAAAUAAAAUUUAUUUAAAAAUAAAGAGAGAUAAAAACAUUAAUUUCAACAUGCAU